AUGGAAGAAGCGAAGGGUAUGCCAAACGCCAGUGUCACGACGGUGCCCCUGAGUCAGGGGCUUGAGCGUGGACCUGAACAGGCUAAGCGCCCCUCUGAUGAAAGCAGUGCUCCCAGUGAAGACGUGUUGUUCGCUGCAGGUAUCGGCCUCGAGAAGGAUGACCCAACGCUUCCUUGCCUGACCAUUCGCAUGUGGGUCAUCGGGAUCGCCUUUUGCCUUCUCGGGAGCGGAAAAGCCUGGGAGUAUUCUAUUCCAGACUGGGGUAUCAGUGCUUUUGGGCACCACGUAUCUCUUAAUCCUGGACCUUUCAAUUACAAGGAAAACAUUCUCAUUUAUAUACUUGCAAAUCUCAGCUUCCUCACUCGAUUGAGCGCAGACGUCCUCACCGAGCAGCGUGUUUUCUAUGGCCUCAAAGCAGGAUGGGGCUUCGAGCUGACCAUGACGCUUGCCACCAUUCUUUUCGGCUUCAGUCUAGCCGGCAUAUUUCGUUCACUCGUCGUAGAGCCAGCUAGCCUUGCGUGGCCCGGAGUUCUUGGUAAUACUGCCCUGAACCAUACCCUCCACUCCAGAAAGAACGCAGUGGACCUACACACCGGAUUCAAGAUGUCUCGCUAUCGAUUUUUCAUGAUUGCUUUUUGCGUAUCCUUUUGCUGGUACUGGUUUCCAGACUUCAUCUUUCCAGCUCUAGGCUACUUCACUUUCGUCUGCUGGGCUGCACCGAACAACGCUGUAGUCAACCAAAUCUUUGGCAUGAAGAGUGGACUAGGCAUAUUGCCUGUCACCUUUGACUGGAGUCAAAUUGCUUACAUUGGUUCUCCUUUGGUUGUGCCGACCUGGGCGAUUCUCAAUGUCCUGGCAUCGCUCAUCUUCUGGAUCUACGUCGUUUCGCCUGCAAUAUACUACCGCAACACGUGGUCUUCUGCCUACCUCCCCAUCCAGAGUAACUCUGUGUACGACAACACCGGCGCUGUCUACAAUGUCUCUCGUGUUAUCGACAAGAAGCUCGGCUUCAGCUUCAACAGUACCAAGUUUGAUGAGUAUUCAGAGGUCGGUCAAGCCGCCAGCUCCUGCGUCGAAGUGCAUUGGAUUAAAAAAAAUCAGAUCUACCUACCUGUCACUUACGCGCUCAACACCUUCGGACUCUCGUUUGCUACAAUAUCAUCACUGUUCAUUUGGCUGUAUUUGGAGCGACGCCACAACAUCAUCGCCACCUUCCAGGCGUCGUCAUUGUCGUCCCUAUUCAAGCGCGGCCCGAGACCGAGCUUGAACCUCCAGCCGGCUUACAAGACUGUUCCCGCAUGGUGGUGGCAUGGUGUCUUGCUUGCCCUGAUCAUAUGCGCGGUCUUCUUCGUCCCACUUGCUCUGGUAUAUGCCACAGCCAAUGUCAAAAUCCAGAUCGAUAUCUUCUGUCGUAUCGUUGCCGGCUAUGUCUACGAAGGCAAAGUGCUCGCUAACAUAUGGUUCUUCAAUCUGGGAUACAUAUCGGGCAUCAAGGGUCUCGCCUUCGCUCAGGACCUCAAGCUCGGGAUCUACUGCAAUAUUCCGCCGCGCAAGCUCUUUCUUGUUCAAGCUGUCGGCAUCGUCAUGGGCACUCUUGGCCAGGUCUCAACAUUGAACUGGGCUCUAGAACACAUCCCUCACAUUUGCACCGAUGCAGCCCCCAACGGCUUCACGUGUCCGUUUUCACGCACACACUUCAACACUACUUCAGGUACCAAUUACGGGAGCUGGGCCAUCGUCGGGCUGGUGUUUGGGCUUUGGCUCAAGAGGAAAGAGAGAGACUGGUGGAGGCGAUACAACUUCGUGUUGAGCUCGGCACUGGACUGCUCAGUCGCCAUCGCUGGAGUGAUAAUCUUCUUCGCCGUCUUUUACACUGGCGCAGCAAAUAACUUUGAGUGGUGGGGAACAGACGUGUACAAGUAA